GAAAAGCAGUUGCACUUCUCGAUAGUGCCAUUGAAGUGAGUCAUCUCUAGGAAGUGCGGUUUAAAAAAAAGAAGGGGGGGAAAGGCGACAAAAAAACUACCAUCGAAGUGUUCCAUGAACGCCACGGGUCGCGCGUAAUCGACAAGACAGUGGAAAACAGAAAGAAGGGUCGACAGGCAAAAAAAAAUAACGUCUUAAAGUGAGUCAACCUGCGUGGAUCUUAACUUUUAAGUUCAAGUUCGUGCACCUUGCACCUCUUGAAUAACAAACGGACAACCGACUCCAUUACCUGACGUCGCUGUGAUGUUCUAGGUGACUCCAAAGCAACGGCUGCACCUUUUAAUCAACUCUUUUUUUUUUUUUGAAAAGUAACUCGCAGUCGAAUUGGAGGAUUCGUGUUGUUUUCUUUUUUUAACCACCCUGCCGGUGCCUUUGAUACGAGCGAGGAUUUGCUUCCUUAAACUACGCACCGAACAAGUCUCGUGAUACCUUCUUUUUUUCCUGGAUCAUGUACCAGGACUACUCCGGGAAUUACGACACCUCGUCUCGCGGCAGUAGCACUUCUCCGGCCCAGCCCGAGUCCUUCGCGAGCGGCAGCAGCACCAUCGGGAGCCCCAUCUCUACCUCAACCUACCAGAAAUACAGUAUUGACAUGCCCGGCUCCAACAGUGCCUUCAUCCCCACCAUUAAUGCAAUCACAACAAGCCAAGACCUUCAGUGGAUGGUGCAGCCCACAGUCAUCACCUCCAUGUCCAACCCGUACUCCCGCUCCCACCCGUACAGCCAUCACCUGAGCAACGGGCAAGGUUUGCUGGGCCACAACCCACUGGCCCGUCCCGGGGUCAUCCGCUCCAUCGGGGACGCCAGAGGCCGACGCAAAAGGGAAGAGCAGCUCACCCCAGAAGAAGAAGAGAAGAGGAGGGUGCGGCGCGAGAGGAACAAGUUGGCCGCCGCCAAAUGCCGCAACCGCAGACGCGAGUUGACUGAGAUGCUGCAAGGGGAGACUGAGAAACUAGAAGAGGAGAAAGCCGACCUGCAGAAAGAGAUCGAAAGCCUAAAGAAGGAGAAGGACAAGCUGGAGUUCAUGCUGGUGGCCCAUAAUCCCAUGUGCAAGCUGCCCACCGAGGAUCGCCACCCGACCCCGGCACACCAUCAGAACCAUCAGCACCAUCAACACCAGCAGUGCGCCCCCCUGUCCUUGACCAUGCGCCCCAACAUGGCGGCCCGGGCCCACGUGAACCACGUGGUGGUGAAGCAAGAGCCGGACGACGCGGAGGAAGUGGCGGGCAAGCCCCAGCAUUCCGUCAUCAAGCCCAUCUGCCUUGGCGGAAUGUACUGUACAGAUGGCGACAGCCUCAACACGCCAGUGGUGGCGGCAUCCACCCCAGCCGCCGCGCUCAACGCCCCCAACCUCAUCUUCACUUACCCGAGCAUGCUGGAGCCCGACAGCCCCUCGCCCUCCUCCGAGUCGUGCUCAAAGGCCCACCGCCGCAGCAGCAGCAGCGGCGAUCAGUCGUCGGACUCCCUCAACUCGCCCACCCUAUUGGCCCUGUGAGAGGGUCCGUAAACCAAAACACUGUGGCGGACGGUGAGCGCCGGGAUCAAACGACCAGAAGGCGCAUUUGGACGGUCCAGGCCAAGCUGAUCAUGUGAACCGUGCCCCUCCCAACCAUCCCCCCCUUUUGGCAGGGAGACCCCACAAGGGCUACGCUGCGUGUUUCUUCUCGUCCUGCUUCAAUCUGCUCGGUCAGACUUGUGCAACACGUGUGCAGCAAUCCUUGACGCGUUAAACACUUUGCCAUUUCAACUUUUACAGUGUCGACUUGUUUACUCAAGACUCUUUUGUCCCUUCAAAUCUGGCCUUUGGGAGUUCAGAUAAUAUACAAAAGGAGUUCCUAAUAUAUACAUAUACAUAUCGAUAUAAAUAUAUAUUUUUUGAGGAAAAAAAAAGAAUUAAAAGCCAUGACCAGUUGCACUCUGCCAAGACGAAUCAACAGAUCACGGAAAGAGGUCACAUCACGGGAGACGAUGAGAAAACCGUUGUCUUUUAUUUUCAUUUGUGUCCUGUUCAAACCCCCAAGGACCUCGAUUCAUCUCUUUAACUGUAUUUGAUGUGAUGAUAAAAAGUGUUUUUGAGACAUUGUCUUCUCCCUCAUCUGCCUGUAGAAAAGCAUCAUGGUCUUUGGUGUUACAUACUGAUUGAUGGCGCCUUUGUCCAAGCGCUCUUCUAUUUUGCCAGUGUGGCUUAACUACGUUAGUGUUGGUAUGCUUCACCUCAGUGGUUUUGUACUUGAUCUUUCUGACAGUUUUAAGACUAUAUGUGUGUGUAUAUAUAUAUAUAUAUAUAUAUAUUGCAUUUAUACAGUAUAUAUAUACUACUAUAUACUAUAUUUAAAUAUAUAUAGUAUAUAGUUGUGUAUAUAUAUAUAUAUAUAUAUAUAUAUAUAUAUAUAUAUAUAUAUAUAAUAUAUAUAAAUAAUGUGUGUGUGUGCGUGCGUAUGCUCUUUACAUUGAUGCCAGGGAUAUCGUUCUUGCAUUCCUGUCAUGAAAAAACGCAGGCUGUGUGAUAGUCUUACCAAAGGGAGAAAAUAAACAAAUAGGGUCGUUGUGCAACAUCAGGAAUUUUUUUUCAAACGUUUCCAACACGACUUAUACGUUCUGUCACUUGCCCUCUUUGCUCACAUUGUGGGUGGGUGGGUGGGGAGGGGGGUCCUUACCUUUGUCAAUACUGCCAUAUACGGCAGGUCAGGUUUCACGAAACCAAAAAGGGUUGUAUGACACUAGGAAUCCUUUUCUUUGUUUGUCUUUGCAUCAGAAAAAAAGGAGAGAUUGUUGCUCUAUUCUGAUAAAAAGCCACUGUGGUCUAACCAGACUGUCACCAGCCGACAAUGAUGUCAACCCUGUUUAUACUGUGUUUUUAAAGCCAUCUUUGUUAAGUAAAAAAAAACAAAACAGAAACUCUGGAGGCCUGAAUGGCUUAAAACAAUAGGUCAUAAAGAGUGUUUUGCAAUACAAAAAGAAUAGUAAUAAGACAACUAGCCUGAGAUGAAACAUGAACACCACGGGAAGUGACAGUCGAGAUGUCAAACAUUCCUCAAUAUUUUUUAGGAGUUUAUCAUCAAAUGAUCAUGGAUGCAGACAAAUUGACAUCUCAAUACAAUAUGCUGAUAUCAAGGCAGAAAUGGUUUUCUCUUCUGGCAAUAUUUGGGUUUUAUGCCGAUGCAAAAUGAAAAUCUCCUUCCCCCCACAAACACACACACGCAUAAAGAACUGAUAACCAAAACGAGAGUCUGGUUGUGUAUGUCAAGAUUUUCUGCAGCUCUUCAACACACAAAGGAAAGCCAUUGACGUAAAUCUACUGUACAUGUCACCUACUGUCACUGUGUAUUGCUUGUUUUCAGCCAUAAUUUUCCAAAUGCAUUAACUGUUAAAAAUAUGAAAAAGGAAAAAAAACAGCAAUCUGUAAAUAGCCGUGUUUGUUAAUUUAAAUAAAUCGUAAUAAAAUACA